GUCACUGGCUCCAACUGAACGUGAUGCUCUCAGCCCAGAAGCACGGUGCUGGAUUUUGGUCCAACCACCACAUGUGUGUAUUUUUAUUGUGUUUCUGCCUCUGGUUGGGCUUCCCUGGCUUGGAGUGGAGGUUUGUGGCCGUCCAGGCUCAGCCCGUGCUGGAUCGCUGGAUGCACCAUGUGCACCGAUGGUAAUCACCACCUGCUCGCAGGCACAGGGACGAGGACAGGCUGGUGCUUCGUUGCUGCCCCUCUGCUUGGCGUCCCAGUGCAAACCAGGACAGGCUGAUUCAUUGCUCGGAACUUGCUGCUGGAUCCAGACCCACCUUGGCAUGCGGGGCCCAGUUGGACAAACAGCUGGGAACAGGCAGGACCUGGCAAGUGCGCUGGAGGGGGGGGCAUGGCAUGGCAAGGCAGGGGACACAUGUUCCCCUUCUGCCAUGCACCCCAGGGAUGGCUUUGGGUUACCCAUCUUCUGCGUGUGUGAGGCCAGGAGCACCCCAGGUGGUGGGGCAGGGAUGUGGGGCAGCCCAGGGUGGAGGUGCUCCAUCCUGGAUCACAGGGGUCCUCUGGCUGCGCUCACCCCUUGGCAGGAGCAACAAGACCACGGCUUUUUUGUACCAGCGGGGGAUGCCCAAACCCUGCCCAAGGGGCAUCGCAGGGCUCCUGAGCUGGCUGUGGGCAGCGCAGGGAUGUGGUGGAUGGGACACCGCACCCAGGGCAGCCAGCUGCCCCAUCUCCUCUCAGUGUCCAGCUGAACGGUGCAAGAAAUUGCUUCUACCCAAGGUUCUGAGUCCCCACAUCCUGCCACAGAGCAUCGCUUCCCCCUUCCCAGGCACUGCCCAUCCCCAUGCUGAGCCCGGCAGCUGGGUUAUGCCACCGGCUGCAUUUUUUUCUGUUGUUCUCUCAUCGGCAAUACGUGCGUGUCCUUCUUGGGAUGAGAAAGCUCAGCGAUACCCACGGCACCCUCUGCUCGGAUGCCAAAGCGAUGUAACCCUGGGGUCGUUCGCAUGCUGGCCCUAACGAGGUUAUAGAAGAAGUAGAAAUGUGUAAUCCAGCCUCCGUGUGCUCAAAACCCCUGAGGAUUUAUCAAGCUCAGCUCCAUCCCUAGACCUGCAGGGAGGGAGCCGCCUUGGUGCUGUGGGACACUGAACCGCCGCCUCCAGGAGCACGGCCACCACGCCAGAGGGGAGAGCAGAAACACGCAGAGAAACAUCACCGGCUGGAGAGCCUGGGACUGACUAGGCUGCAGUUCUCAGAUAAUGGAGCUUUCCAAUUUGUCCAAUUACUUGGAUGAUGUCGAUAACUACAGUGACUACCCAGAUUACACCUAUGAGGAGACCAGCAGCGUGUGGACAGACCCAUCUCAUGACCCAAAGGACAUUGCGAGGAUCCUCUCGGUCGUCAUCUACAGCGUGUCCUGCGUGUUGGGCAUCCUGGGGAAUGGCCUCGUCAUUGCAAUCAUCACUCUGAAGAUGAAGAAGUCAGUCAAUGCCAUCUGGUUCCUCAACCUGGCCGUCGCAGACUUCCUCUUCAACAUCUUCCUGCCCAUAAACAUUUCUUACACGGCCAUGCGAUACAACUGGAUCUUCGGGACAGUCAUGUGCAAGUUGAACUCCUUCCUCCUCAUCCUCAACAUGUACACCAGUGUCCUUCUCCUCACCACCAUCAGCUUCGAUCGCUACGUGUCAGUGGUCUUUCCUGUCUGGUCUCAAAACCAUCGCUCGACCAACCUAGCGUAUUUAGUUUGCUUGAUUAUCUGGACCGUCGGCAUCAUUAUGAGCUGCCCGUCUCUUGUCUUCCGAGACACAGCACAAGCCCACAACUCUGUGAUUUGUUUUAGCAACUUUUCCCUCUCCAGGAAUAAGUCUUACCAAGCCCUGGCAUUAAUGAGACACCGAACAGUGAACAUCACCAGGUUCCUUGCGGGGUAUAUCCUUCCCAUAACCAUCAUCACUUUCUGCUACAUCGCCAUCGUCUUCAAUUUGCGUCGAAACCGUCUUGCCAAGUCCAAAAAGCCCUUCAAGAUCAUUGUCACUAUCAUAGUCACCUUCUUCCUUUGCUGGAGUCCCUAUCACCUGAUGAACCUCCUGGAAACAAAACCUGACAUGAUACCGCGCUCCGUGUUUGAGAUCAGCAUCCCCAUAACCACGGCACUCGCUGCCUCCAACAGCUGCAUGAACCCUGUCCUCUACGUCUUCAUGGGCCAGGACUUUAAGAAGUUUAAGGUCACCAUCCUUUCCAGACUGGUGAACGCCCUCAGUGAGGAGAUGGGUCACUCCAGCAUCGUUCACAGGAGCUUCUCCAAGAUGUCUUCAAUGACUGAGAAGGAGACGACAGUCCUCUAAACUCAAUCUGGGUGCCUGCAGGAGGGCUAUAGUCCUCUGGUGUUACCCAUGCACACCACUGUGAUAGUGGCCACCCCUAUGGUGGCCCCCGGUGUGGGAUGAGCAUGGUCCAACACCAUCCUAUAGCAUAUUCUUUGACUGGUCUUGCUGCCUGGGGGCUGGCAGAGGUUGGAGACUACCGCUCUGUGCACUUGGAGAAGACACAACUGCCCUUAAUCUUUCUUUGCAAUUGCAAAGAGCAUUGUGCCAAACUAUUUAAGAAAACAUUUCAGAGCCUUCUUAUCUAAUCUAUGCAUUGCCUGGCCUGGCAAGGGCAUUCCUGCUGUUUCCAGAGAUGUCGUUAUGGGGAGAUUGGACAGAGCAUGUGUCUGGGAAGGUACUUCUGCUGCCAGGCUCCCAAAAUGGGUGGCUGGGUGACCACCCAUCUCGGGUGAUACCUGCUAUGGCAAAACUGAUGAUGCUCUUCCUACAUCCUAUGUAUGCAUAUAGCUACUCAUGUUAAAGUCCUAAAGUAUAUUGGUACUAGCGCAA